ACCAUUCAGUGCGGUUCAGAAGUAUGGGACCAACAUGUCGGAUAUAAGUUGUGUUGUUACAGAGGGCAGAGUAAAAUAUCGAGAUGGAAAAAAGUGGAAACCUCGUUGGUGUGUUUUACGAAAACCAUCUCCCGUCGCUGAUCAACUCAAUGUACAACUAUAUAAGGUGGACGUUAAAGAUGUUCACAAACGGCAACCAAAGGCAAACUUUAAUAUUGAGGGAUUCUUCGGUCUGGAGACAGGCUUCAGCUAUGACAAGGAGACCAAUGUCUUAGCCAUUGUCUGCCAGAAACAAGUCACGCUCUUUUCCUUUGAAAACAGGGACAACCUUAUACAGUUUGAGAUCAAAAUCAGAAGAAGCCUUGGGGAAGAGGACCAGUUUAAAGUGCAAGUGACCAAUGUUCCUAACAACAGUAAGCUGCCCUUGGACGUUCUGCGAAUGCACAUCCACCGGCAGAAGUUCUGCUUGACUAACGGUGCUCCUCCCAAAGUCUUGGCCAUCUGGCAGAUUUCAGACUUGCGGAAAUUUGGUGUGGUUGACAAAAAAUUCAUAUUCGAAGGUGGAUCAAAUUGUGGGAAAGGUGCUGGAGUCCAUGCUUUUACGUCGGAACAAGCAGAGUUGAUCAAUGAAAUCAUUAGCUUAGCCAGUCAAGGGAAAACAGCCAGCUGUAGAAAGUCUAUCAAACGAAGAUCACAGCUAUUUGACUACCAUUUGGAGCCACUCAACAGUUCCUUCAACGAUAACAGUCAGUAUAGAGAUUUCCCGAACUGGUCAAAUUGCACAGACCAAAACUUCUUUGACGACAAGCGUUCAAAACGGCACUCGUUGAGUUUCACUGACUUUUCCCAUGCAUCUGCUUACAACGAAAAACAUUUGCGAAACAAAAAUGAAUUUGAGACUGGGAGAAGAAAAUACUUGUUAUACGACGUUCCCCCUAGUCGAAUAAGGAAAGUGGAUAAUUCUAAUUUAUAUCUGAAUACUAAACAAUUUCAACAACCAACCCAUUGUGUAUCUCAAAAUUCUCAGGAACUCAAAAAUGUCUCGGAUAUUUUGUCUCAUAAACUCAGCAAAGAAUGUGUAGACAACAGAAUCGAGCAGUGGAUCGAGUCUGAAGCCUGCCUGAGCUCUGCCAGUGGACCGAGUUCCGACUCUCAGAUGAGUAUUUCAUCAGGAGAGAACUCUGUAUCUGCCCUAGGGCAGAUGGUGAAGGUGUCGGCCAGUGCUCCCUCUCUAUGUGGCUACGGGUUCUAUGGCAAUCAAUCGGAGGGCAGCAAAUCUAUUUCUGUGGCCUCAGUACCCUCCAGAAUUGAAGAGGAGACUGAACAAUGCCGGAGACUCGAGCUGGAAAAUCUUCAAAAAUCAGAAGAAGUACUGCAAAGGGAAAUCACUCUUUUGGAAGAAAUCAUGAUGGGUGUGAAGGAGAAACCUAAAGUGAAAACAACUGACCAUCUUGCAGAAAAACCACCACCAUUACCAAGGAAAAAAUCAAAGAACCAUCGUCGUGCCACAUUAAGUCCCAGACUCGACCGAUAUUCCACCAUUAGUUCACAGAGUAGUAUUUCGGGCUUUUCCGACAGUGUCCUUCUGAGUCCCAACUUGGUGUCGCGGCUACGCAAAAUUCCGUCUUUUUCCAAAAUGUCUGCUCCAUUGCCGUAUGUCAAUUUAGAGAAAUACGAUGGAGGGAGAGAUGUGGAUAAAUGUCAUGUGUACGUACGGAACCAGUCGGACGACGAUACCUGUAGCAUCCUGUCUCACAGAAGCGAGAGUUAUGACAGGGAAUCCAAAUCUCUAAGAGAUCGCUGUGUCAGAGGGGUAGAUGGUGAAUCUCACAAAAUUCCGAUUGAUCUCCCUGAGUCAAACUAUGCAAACACUGAAUGUAUAUACGCAAAUGAUUUUGCCGCCAAAGAAGCUGCCGCCCAACCACCUGCUUUACCUCCAAAGGGACCAGCACUCCUGAGGAAGAGUAGACCGUUCUGUCCCCCUCCCAUCCCUCCCGGAAAGCACAGAGCCCAUCUGUCUAAAAGAAAUAAGUAUUCCUCUCAAUAUUCAAGUCCUAGGCAAGGUGUAAAUCCAGUGAUGAGUCCAAUUCGGGAGCCAAAUUAUCUUCUUAUGGCAGGAGUGGAUGCCUCACCAAGAAGCAGAAGAAGGUCUGAAUUGGCUCUACGUGAUCCCCAUGGAAGUUCCUCUGAGCUGUCCAAUUAUAAGGAAGGUCCACUGAAAGUGAGGCUUCCAAAGAGAUCCUCUUCUUCUGCAGGAAAGGAAAAUUUGAAUCCCGAUGAUGUGUGCGGUUACAUGGAUAUGAGUGGGAUGUUUGAAGAUGAACGGGUAACACUGAAAUCCAGGGAUGAAGUGGAAUCUUCAGAUUCUCCUCAGAAGAUGUACACCCGAUCAAGCAGUGCUUCCUCAGUUGCAGAGAGUCGUUUCUCUCGCCCGGUGUUUCAUCAUUCUCUCAGUUUAAGUGAGACUCCCAGCAGUGCUGCUGGUACCCCUGUAAGGGAAGAAAACUAUCUGCUCAUGCAUCAUUUAACUAGUCAGAAGAAAUCAGUCCUUGAAAAUAUAAAGUCCCUAAAAAGUUAUGUUCAUAACGCUCAAACAGUGAGAGACUCUGUAAUUGUCGGAGAUGAUAAUGGAGCAGCCUCGCCAAAGAUUGAAAGACGUAACUCUGAAGACAAUUCCUCAAACAAAAACAUGUCACCAGAAAAAGCCAAAGAGGUGUUAAAAGGAAAAUCCUCUUUGCCUUUCCCAAACUUGAUCAAUUUCCAGAAACAUAAUAUUCUCAAAGAUUCUUCUCAGGAAGUUCAUAAAAGUGCCAGUACAACCUCAGUGCAAUCUGCACCAAAUGACAAAAGUACAGAAAACCCUGGAAAAAGUCCAGGAUUUCUUACCAGACUGAUCCGAAGGAAUUCGGGUAACAGGAAAAGCAUGUCUCAGAGUCAAGAAAAUCUUCUUAACUCUAGUUCUAGUGAGAGUUGUUUAGAAAAAACCUUAUCAAACAUUCAUGUGUGUAAGGAAAAUGCAAGUGUCAAGGAUCUCUCAACAUCAAGUGUGUCGUCUGCUGCCAACAGCAAUAUUGAACAGAACCAGUCUGAAGUUGUGGAAAGAAGAAGAUCCUCUAGCUUUCCAAACAGAAGUAGCUUUCUGGAGAUGAAUUCUACAGCUGCUGCCGCUGCUCCCAAAGACAAUUUUCAUCAAACUUCUCAAGAUUCAUUUUGCUCCAAUGGGACCACUGAUGACCACAGGCAUUUGAUAGGACCAGACCAAAUGACACAGUCCAAUGACACGGGAAGUACUGAAUCCAAUUCUACAAGCAGGACUGGCUACACAGGACCUUGUGAUGGACAAACAGAUUCGGAAGAUUCAGCAUCCAAAAGUAAUGCAGAGGGAAAAUGCAUGUCGCCCAAAUCCUUCCAGAAGUUUCGGAAGACCCAGGAAAUGGGAAUAUUUACUGUUUUGAGAGUGGAUGAACCGUCAUACAAAAUGCCACUGUGCCAGACCUCGAGCAAAACUGAUGAUGAAAAGCUGAUUGAUCUGAUGAAAUAUUCUAAAGUAAAGGACUAUUACGGUGAUACAGAUUCUGAGAAAACAAACUCAUUGAAAUCUGAUGAUUUCAAGCUGAACAUGUGCCCUAAGAAAGCAUUUUCACCUUAUGAAGAAGCUGCAGCUAUUGCUAAAUAUGUAGCUUCUUUGGCUCCAUUUGUACCCCCAAAGCAGAAGAACUACCAAAGUAGUGCUUUGUCCCCUGUUUUGGAGAAUGCUCCCUCCAAUGGAAAAGAGGAACUGUGGAAAGAUAAUAACACACUGGAUAAUAAAAGCAUCUCGUCAUUCAGAUCAGAGCACAGUUAUGCUCUGAUAGGACCAACAGAUACAGAUGAUUCGAUGUCUAAAACUUUGAAAGUUGCAGACGAGCCAGAGGAAUCAAUAUGGGUACCCAGACAAGCAGCUGUAAAAGAAGGAUCCCCAGCAUCUGUGAGCAGUACAGUGGAUGAUCAGGAUUCCCGGUCCACGGCUGUGGUGGUGGAGUUGGACCAGGACCACUCGUCUGAUGAUGAAAUUUCCCUGUCUUCUUACACCGACAGUAUCUGUAGUGAGAACGCCCUGAGGAACAGCCCAGCUUACACCGUCAUGAGGCCCAGGGCUGGAAACUGCUACAUUGUACUGGAGAGGAAGCGGCCAUUGAACGAGAGUCUCAGCUCCAGUCCCUCCCAAACCCCUCGCUCCCCCUCCAUGAAUUCCAGUGUAUUUACGUUUGAUCAAGUGUCCCAGUUUAGCGCUUUCAGCAAAGACCGAGAUUCUCCAAACCUGCCGAAAUUCUCUCGUUCAGAAAGUUUGUACUCAAAGUUUUCCGAGAGAACCUUUUCUAACAAAAUAUCAUACAUGAACUUUGAAACAAGUCCACCCUCAUCUCCGCCAUUUUCACAGUCAAUGUCACUUACGGGAGAACAACCGGAGCGUCAGUUGAAUUAUGCCGAGAUUGAUCUCCGCGAGAAACCAAUUCGUAAGAGUCGUAAAGCUUCUCAAAAGUCCCUAAAAAUGCAGAAAUCAACAUCCAUCGAGUAUGCAAUGAUUGACAUGGAGGCCACCAUUGCCAUUCAGAGAGCAGGACAGGAACACAAGAUGUUCCGCGUCGACAGUUUAAAGCGAUCGGACCAAAAAUUGUCCCUGUCCAUCCCAGAGCAUGGGACGGACUCUGAGGAUGUCCCAGAACCAUCACCCACCAGCACCAAAGACGAGGUGACCUCACAGGAGGGAAGCACAUACGGUUCUUUUCUGACCACCCACAAGUAUGUCAACGUUCCCCCACCAAAGGAAGAAGAGGCGAAGAAGGAGGAAAAAGAAGUCACCGAUCUUCCAGAGAAGAUCCUCUUGCCAAUUAGAGAAAACCAGGACACAUCCAGCAGUGAGAGCGAAGAUGAGGGAAAUACUGAUUCCUCCGAUAGUGAAGUCAUUAUCAUUGAGUAGAAGAUUGUAUCGUUUUAUGUUUAAAUUAUUUACCAGUAGGUUUACCAAUAGGCAGUGCCAAAGUAUUUCUGUAACAGAGUUGUCAUAUCUGUAAUCAAGACCAAUGCUAUUGUCAAACAAUUCAAAAUUUUUUGAAAUUGAUUUUACAUCUGAAAAAUAUUUAUUUGCUUUAUGUGAUGUUGUAAUAUUUCCACUAUGAAUGGUUUAGAAUUAAAACCAUUUAUGUUGCAGCUUAUAAUGUAUUUCAAAAUCAUAAAUUGAAAAUGAAGUUGUUGGGUUUUUUUUUUACAUUUUUGUUAAUUUUUUUUUUUUCAUACAUUCAAGUUUGUCUUUUUAUAAUUUUGUUUGAAAGCAAUUGUUAUCUGUAAAGUAGCUAGGCUUUACAGAGAAUUAUUUAUUUUAUCAAAUGACUGAGCAAUACAAAAUAGCAUGCUUUUUCUUAGAGCUUUAGAGCAUAGAUUGUCAUCUCCUAUACCUUGCUAUGCAUUCAAAUUAGGUCUGAUAACAAGCUUGAUAGUGCUUUAUCUCCCAGUUAUGGUGAAAAGAUGUCACAUUUUUACUUUGGUCAAAUGAAGGGAACUUUAGAAAUGGUAUUUGUUAUUCUUUUUGACAUCCAUAUUUAUAUUUUUGAAGUAUGUUGCCAAAAACCUGUUUGUUUACCCUUUUUUUUUUAUUAGUUUAUGAAAAAGAAACUGCCAAAAUUUGUGCUUAUGUUUACUAUGUGUGUGUGUGUGUUUGUGUGUGUAUGAUUGCUGUUCAUCAUACCGUAAUAUUUGUUGUGGACCAUAUACAUCUGUAGAGUAGGAUUUAAUGGUUGUCGUUAUAGUGGCAUAAUGAAUUAUUUCAUGUGGGGUCUUUUCCCCAUGAGGUGCUAUUUAUUUCAUCUUGGUUCAUUAUUCAUUUGCAUACCUCUCCCCCCUUUUUUGCAGGGAAGUAUUUCAUAUAACUUGUAUUGUACAUGUCACCAAUAUUAAUCAUUGUUGCGUUGUAGAGUUUAGAAGUCAAUUUAAUAUAUUUCUUGUGUAGUCAAAUGUGGAACUUUUCAGCUAUACUUGAAGCAAAAAAAAAACUAUUUUAAGUGAAUCAAAAUCCCAAGCCAGUUUAUGCAAAUUCAAAGAAUUUUAUGGAAUUCCUUUUCAUUUGUGGCAUGUUCUUUGUAUAAGGUUUGUUAUUAUGUACAUGUACAGUGUACCUUGAAAUCAUGGCACCAUGUUUAGAUGGGAAACGUUUUUGAAGUAUAUAUUUUUGAAACAUUUUAUGCCGAACACAGGGUCAGUAUUUUGUAAGCAUGCAAAUUAUUGCAUGGCUUUUCUUGUCCAAAUUGUGAGGUUGUCUUCCAUAAUAAUGAUUGUGUUUAUUUUUAUUUUCAUUUUUAGCCUGGCCAAAAUUUAAUGUUUGUGUGUCUUUAAAGUUUUGAUGUUUAAAGUUAUGAAUUGCCAACUCAUUUGCCAAGUGUAAUUGAUUCAGCUUUGUCAUAUUCAUUUUUUUUUGUAUGUGAAACUGCCUGAUGAAAUAUAGUUUUUAAUUUUUCCGGGGGGGGGGGGGGGGGGGG